CCGCAGUUCUUUUCACUCGCAUGCAGACAGCCCUCGAAUCUGACAUCGCUUGGCAUUGUGUCGCCCAUUUUAUUUCGGGCCUCUUGGCCGGCCUAGUCAGCAAGGCUCGAAAGGGGAAGCCAGCGCCCACUCAGGUCGACACAAGGUGCAAGGUGUCUCGAAUGAUCGACGGGGGAACUCCACCGGGUUGGACGUGUGUCUGCACGGGUACCCAUGAAUGACAUGACGCGAGAUCCUUCCGAAGAAGCAGUGCUCGCUCGCAUUGAGAGAGGCGAGGUGGGAAAACAGUGUUUCUGUUUUAUCGUAUCGCCCAUUUCCCCGGCCUUUCCGGGCGUGUCAUUUUUUCUCCUUCCGCUCGAGUUGCUCGGGACAGGUACUAGUACCUGAGAGACAAAAAAAAAGAUACCUGACACCACGCCCAACCUCGCUCAGCAUAAGCGUGGGAAAUAAGCACACAGUCCUGACAAGCAUAGCACGCCACUGCCAGCGCAAUCACACACUAAACACGCGCCGCGCGGUCCGCACAUCACUUGUGGUUCGUGUUCUUGAGCAGCAUUAUUGCCCACAUCCCGGCCCCCGGUCACUGUGCCUGGCUGGCCUUUGAUCAUCCCAAUUUUUUUUUUCUCUUCGUGUCGUCCGCGCCCAACCACGCUGCUCACAGACGCGGCAACAGCGAGGCAAACACACCUGCCCCGAACCGACUCACGGAAAGUCUACGAUACACCGCGGUGUCAAUCUCGAUAAGCUUCCUCCGAAGCGUCUGCCCAAAACCACAAAUCUCCUAGGCUCCCGUCCGGCAAAACCACGACACGGUUCGAGCCCAGCCCACCAGCCCCCUCCUCUCCGGGAGGUUUGCCAUCGCAGCCGGCAAGGACGGAAGAGAAGGAGGAGUCAAUCAGCGGACAAGUCAAGAAACACGUCCCCCAGGGGCGCACAUGCCGCCGCCAUGAACGCCCUACAGCAAAAGUGCCGGCCAAAGCACCAGGUCCUCGUUCUCAAGUGCUACCCGCGGACGACCAAGGGGGCCGUCGAUGUCAAGCCCAACUCGAGCGAGCUCAGCUACCUGCUAUACUAUGUCGCGUCGCGCAAGUCCAAGUUCCAAAAGGUCGGCUCGUUCCUCGAGAAGAAGACGGCCAGUGAUGUCUGGCGUUUACGAAUCGGGAACGUGCAGGUGACGCUCCAGAUCCUGGAGGCGUUGAUCGAGAAGAACCCCAAGGACCUGCCUCUCUUCGCGACGUCGGUCCUCAAGAUCCUCGACCUGGUGCUCAAGUCCAACGACAUCACCAUGGUCGAGUCGUCCACGCCCACCUUCGAGGCCUUCUGCGCCAACCACGAUGCCUCGUCCCUGCCUGCCGACCAGGCGUACAUGAAGCAGUACGAAUCCAUCGUCCGCCAGUACGCCUCCCUCGCCUCGACACGGAGCAGCCCGGGAAAGACGCAGCCGAGCAAGCCGGUGGCCAUGCGGUGGCGGAACACCGGCCUCGAGGCCAUCAGGAGCGUGGCGUCGUCGGAUACCCUGGCCUCGGUCUCGGGCCGCCAGUACGAAGUGAUCGUCCCCAUGAUCCUGGAGAACCUCUGGACCGACAACGAGGACUUCCUCGAGGUCCUGCUGCAGCGCGCCCAGAUCGAGGAGAAGGUCGACACGGAGAAGCUGCUGAGACGCCGGACGAGCGUCGCGACGGUCCGCACCGCUGACACCAUCGGAAACGCCGACCCAAACCCCAUCGCUCUCUCCGGCACGGCCAUGGACGUCGACAAGCUCGCUGAGGAGGAUAUCGGCGUCCUGGCCAUGGUCUGCCUGAAGCAAAUCUUUAUCGCCCCGAACCGCUCGCAGAUCCACGCCGCCACGCAGGCGCUGUUGACCUUUAUCGAGGAGCGUGUGGUCCAGGAGGAAAAGGUGGUCCGGACCCACCACGGCACCGGCCGCGAUAGCGGAUGGGCCAUCAAGAUGUUUGGCCUCAUCUCGUGCUGGGCUCCGGUGCAAGAGAGAUACGUGAUCCUGGUGACGACUAUGGACACGCUGGUUCGCAUGCCGCUCUCGGACGACACACUGCCGCAGCACAUAGUCCUGGUUGCCAUGAUGGGCGCGCUCCUGCGAUCCGACGUCAACCUCAUCGGCCUGAGCGUCAUGGAUGUGCUGCUGAGCUUGAUGCAGCAUAUGAAGCGGCUGGUGCAGCUUCCUGGAGACCCCAGUGGAGGGCGGGAGGCCGAGAACUUGGUCCCGGGUAAGCCGGAUCCGAGGUCGCCUGGCGCCGUUGCUGCCUCGACGGCCGCGGAGCUGUGUGCCUCGAAUCGCAAGGAGCUCCUCGGGCGCAUCCAGCAGACAAUCGGCGACCUUGCGACGCAUGUCUACUACGCAGACCAGAUCUCCGACAUGAUCUCGGCCAUCCUCCUGCGGCUGCGUCCCGCAAGGUCCGGCAGCCCCGCGAACUCGUCCCCCCAGGGAGAGAAGACCGAGGGUCAGACGGGCUCGCUGACGAACCUGGCCGAGGACACGAAUGUCGAGUCACUCUUCUCGCUAACCAUCGCCAAGACGGCGGCGCUCAAGGCGAUCAAGUCGAUCCUGCUCGUGGCGAACCCGCGGACCAAGAUGACGGGCAACCUCGGCCUGGCGAGAAGCAAGGUGCCGAUCCAGGUGUGGGAGGGGACGCAGUGGCUCCUGCGCGACACGGACGGCCAGGUGCGUAAAGCAUACGCCGAUGCCGUCAUCCUCUGGCUCGAUAGGGAGACGACCAAGGGAGACCUUCGUGCGAAGGACGAGAGCGCCUCCAACCCGCGGCACGUGGCCCGCUCUUCCAAGGAAGCCAAGGACAUGCUCAACGUGGCGCCGGCGAGGAGGGCCGCGUCUAGCGCCUCGACGCGCAAGGAGGCCAAGCCUCCGCGCUCACAUUUCAUAAACGUGCUCCACGUGGCCAUCUACGACAACGCGCUCCAGUAUCUCGACUACGAGACCGACCUGGUGCUGCUGCACACCCUGCUGGCCAAGCUGGUGUCGCAGCUGGGAAUCAACGCGGUCCGCUACGGCCUGCCCAUGAUCUUCCGGCUGCAGGAGGACAUCCAGGACGUGGAGACGCCCAUCUGCAAGGUCCGCCUGGGCAGCCUGGUGCACGGCUACCUCUGGCUCAUGACGGACCAGUUCGACUGUGAGAACUCCAUCGUCGGCCGGGCAGUCCACAACGAGAUCUCGCGCCGGCGCAGCAAGAACUUCUGGGUCGAGGGCAUCCACGUCCCGGCCCCGCUGCUGGAGCUCGUGGGCACCCCGGGCCUGGCACGGCCCCAGCCCAAGAUGCCCCUCCACAGGAUAGAGUCCGAGGCGCUGCUUCCGUUCGACGACCGCUUCGCGCUGAUCGAGUGCAUCUGCUCAGGCUACCAGGAGACCAUGGUGAGCCCGCCGGGCAGCCCUCCGACUUCGCCCGGGCGCAACUUUGCGCACCCGAUCCUGGGCCAGGCCAUGUCGCCCGUGCCGCAGGCGGAUAGGGAGGUGCCGGCGCGGUUAAGGGAGGACAUGUGCGCCGAGUGGUCUCGCGAGAUGGUGCUGGCGCUGGUGCAGGCGGGCAGCAAGUCGGCGUCGCUCAACGGCUCGCGCACCGGCACCAUGGGCACCUCGGGGAGGAACAGGCUGGCCGCGGCCGUCGCCAACGGGUCCCCCGCUGGCAGCCAGAACAACCUCAGGCCGCAGUCGCAGCCAGCGCCCCAGAACGGUGGCCUGAUGGCGCCUGCGGGCGGGCUGCGCAAGUCGAGUCUCCGGAGCAACCUGACGCCGUCGCCGGUCAGCAGCACGGCGCAGCACGGGGGCGUCACGUCGGUCGACCAGCUCAAGAUGGUGCUGUCGGGUCACGCGCAGGCGUCGAACCUGCGCGGACACACUAGCCACGGUGCGGCCGGGGCCGGCGGCGGCGGCGACGACGACAGCACCGACAGCCUGGUCAGCUACGACUACGCGCCAUCGGAGCUGUCAUUCAACCCGCCGCAGACGUCGGGCGGCGGGCCACCGAGGACGGGGCACCGUUCUCGGUCGCAGUCGCGUGACGGCAAGACGUCGAGCCCCAACGGCAGCACGAGGUCCAACGGCGGCGACAGGCACCAGUCCGUGGACGGUGCCAGGGGCUACGAGGAAGGCGAGGCGGUGCCGCCCGUGCCGCCGCUGCCCCACGGUGUGUCGUCCUCCCCGCCCCCGGCUGGCGGGCGGCCAUCGACGUCGCCGCAGCCACCGGUGCUCCCGCCCGUCACGCAGGACCACAGCGCCAUUCGGCCGUCCAAGACGCGCAGUGUCAAGAGCAGGGCCGGCGGCGGCGGCGACCACCGGCCGUUCACAAGCGCCGGCGGGUUCGGCGACAACGUCGUGCCCGUGCCAGCACUCGACCUCAACGCGCUGCUGUCGGGCAUUGACAGCAAGGCCGGCGAGCAUAGCCUCGGCAACGUGGCGCGCCCGCCUUACUGAGCGAGUGAGUGGGUGGGUGAGUGGCAUGGUUCAGACGAUGGGAGAAAUAUGGGACACGGCAUCAAAAUCAUCGACUUUCUUUUGUGGCUGUUUCUUUCCGACAUAGACUAUCUUUUUUACUUGUUGAGGCUUCAUCAGGACGCUUGCUGUAUUUGUAUGCCCAAGUUUGCAUGAUGUUUUUUUCUCUCUCCUUUUUCUAUCUCCCUUGGGUUAACAUACUCCUUUAACGCAUUCGACUGAGGAAACCAAGGUGGGCUUACAUAUUUCCAAAGGCAGCACGUGCUAGAUGAGGAGCGAGGAGCCAGGAACAGGGUGUUUUGUGAGCUAGUCCGGGUUUUAAUGGUUGCUAAUGCUGUCUGUCUGCGGGUGAAAGAGAGAGCGGGAGCACUGACAUUUACACUAACAUUUUAUCUACGCCUUUUUUUCUUCUUCUUCUCAUUCUGUCAUUAGGGGAGCGCUUACUGGCAUAGACUGAGGCAACGGCAACGCUCGCCCAACCGUUAUAUCCCCAUCCUCUCCUUUCUUCUUUUGCUUCCUCGUCUUUCGCUACCUGAUCUGAGAUUAUUUCUAGCCAUCUUUUUCUUUGACGGGCGAUCGCAGUCUCCAAAAUCCGAUUCACCAUUUGUCCAAGCUUUUUCGGUUUCGAUGUUAGUCAGCUCGCCGGCUGUAUUCAUGUAACAUCUCUAGCAAGCUAAAAUCUAGUAAGCAAUGCCCCCCUAGACAGAGGCAGUCGAUUGGG